UUGAAAACACCGGCAGACACUGCAAUGCAAAGGAAGCAGAUAAUUAAAGUAACUAUUGAAGAGACUUCCUCAAGGAGAGAAGGUGAGGUUACAUUUUUAAACUAUUAGUGAAUUUUUCAAGAAGAAUAUCAGCCAUGGAUGAAGCUCUCAACAUCACCAUUGAUCCAGCUUGUUUACAAGAUCCCCCGCUGGCUAUUGACGUGAUAAAGCAGCUAGAUGUGUUUGAUUUCUGCCUGUACCUCAUGCUCACCUUCAUGGCCUGCGUAUCCCUGCUGCUGUACCUGGAGCAGUGCGCUUAUAUUUAUAAAAAUCUGCCCUACCCCAAGAAGACCACCCUCAUGUGGAUAAGUGGUGCUGCACCAGUCAUUGCCACAAUGUCUUGUUUUGGGAUGUGGAUCCCGAAGGCAGUCAUGAUCACAGAUAUGACCUCUAACUGUUAUUUUGCAGUCGUGGUGUAUAAGGUCUUGGUUCUGAUGAUCGAGGAGUUGGGCGGCACCAAUGAUUUUCUGCAGAGAUUUUCCACGGAGACCUUUCGGGUCAACACAGGCCCGUGCUGCUGCUGCUGCGCCUGUCUACCCCGCGUGCACAUGUCACGGCGAUUGUUAUUCUUCCUGAAGUUGGGAGCUCUUCAGUAUGCAAUCCUAAAGACGGUGCUCUCCAUCCUCUCCAUAGUCUUGUGGACAAACGGCAACUUUGAUCUCUCUGAUUUAGAGAUUACUGGUACAGCCAUUUGGAUUAACCCGUUCAUUGGCAUUCUCACUAUCACAUCCCUUUGGCCCGUUGCCAUCAUCUUCAUGAACGUUAACAGCCAUCUACGCAGCAUCAACUUGGUACCCAAGUAUGCCAUCUACCAGCUCGUACUCGUACUGAGUCAGCUGCAGACAUCAAUCAUUAACAUCCUGGCAUUGAAUGGCACCAUCGCCUGCGCCCCUCCCUUCUCUUCUCAAGCUCGUGGCUCCAUGCUAAGUCAGCAGAUGAUGAUCAUGGAGAUGUUCAUCCUCACUCUGAUCAAUCAGAGACUGUACCGUCGUACGUAUGACGCACUUCCCUCAGAGGAGGCACAUGACAACAACCACAACGCUAAAGUCGCCCUGCAGACUGCCCUCGUGGAGCAUGAUGUCUAAAAAAGGAGACAGUGAUGUAAGAGUGGAAGUCAACACUGCUCUUAAUGAUGUGUCAAAUCCUCUAAAUUGAGAGAUAAUCAAAUAUCCCAAACUUUAGUGUUAUAUAAUAUUAUUUGGAUAUAACUUGUUUACCUCAUUCCAUGAUAGAAAAAAAUAUAUUAACUGUUGAAAGUGUAGUUUUUUCAAUAUUUGAUGUAUGUAUAGUAAAAAACGUGGACAAAAGGUUUAUCAAUAUUUGUGAACGGGAGAACAUCAUUUUUACAUUUGUCUAGUAAAACUUAGUGUGUGAGAAACAUACAGAGAGAUAUGGCCAUCCAAUAAUGGUGACUUUGGUCAAUGUGUGGAUGCUGAAAUGAGUCCUAAAAUGAUAUCUGAUGCUUUGUGUUUUUGUACUAAAGUGUACAGUAAAUAAAGAUGGAUAUGUUUUUGUCAUGAAAGGGCUCAGGUUGAAUGUAUUGUACUGAGGAUAUAUUUGAUAAAAAGGAUCUAUUUUCUCUUCUGUUCCCAGUGUACAGAGUAAAAUGUUUUUGUCUUUACGCAAUCUGGGGAAAACAGCCAGAUUUCUUCAAAGAUUGCUGACCCACUUACUCAGACCUACUUGAGACACAGACGGAUGAGACAGCAGCUUUAUUUUCAGACUCAGUGUACACCCAACAUCCGCCUACAGCCAAACUGUGUUGUUUCAUAAGCAACCACAAGAGGCCAUGCUCGUCCAACCAAAAAAGUUGACUCACAUGAUUAAUAUUUAUUAUUUCUUUCAGUUCAACCAGAACUAACAGGUUUAGUCAGUUACUUAUUUUAGAAGGAAUAAUUCAAUAAUUCAAGAAUGUUUGUACCAAGCCCAACAUCCAAUAAACUGUCU